AGCAUCUACAAUGAACGUCCAACUCACCCCCCAGCAGACUGCGGCAUAUCUUCGUACAUUGCCCGCCAUACGCGAACGAUGCGGACGUGUAUAUGACCUUGCUAAGCAAGGGAAACUUGAGUAUUUCGAAUAUCACCCCGAGAAGGAAGCAGACGUUGCAGCGUUCUGCAGCGAUAUCAUUCAAAGAGACUUUGGGACGAACUACGCUAGUAUCCCACCUCAUGGACGCUGGAGGCACCUAGACGCUGGACGUCUUCGCGUAGAGCCACUUAUCGCGAAGUGGAAGGAAUCUGAGCAUAUCGACGAGAAAGAGAUAUGCAAGCGACUGCUCGACUUAUUCCUCGUAUCCGUCCUGCUCGACGCAGGGGCGGGCAACUCUUGGCAAUACAAAGAGGAGGACUCGGGCCAGUCAUUCAGUCGUUCCGAGGGUUUGGGGGUCGCCAGCAUACACAUGUUUGAGCAAGGACUAUUCUCUGGAAAUAGCGAUCAACCUUAUCGGGUCGAUGCGCUGGGACUGUCGCAGAUUACCACCGAGAAGACGGCCGAAGCCAUGCAAGUAACGGAGUCCAACCCGAUGGUCGGUAUCGAGGGACGCGCGUCAUUGCUCGCCAACUUGAGCAAAGCUUUGCGCAAGAACAGCGAAUUUUUCGGCGAGGAAGCCAGGCCUGGAAACAUGCUCGAUUUCCUGGAGAGAAACUCCCGCAUCGACGGCUCCACCCGGAAGGUGCAUGUCUCAAGCCUCUGGCAUGUCCUGAUGGAAGGCCUCAGUUCGAUUUGGCCCGCACGGCUCAGCCUCGGGGGCAUUUCAUUAGGAGAUGUGUGGCCAUGUUCAGUUUUGAAGCCGUUCGCUGUGAAUGAAGGCGACGACCUCGUACCGUUUCACAAGUUGUCCGGAUGGAUCUCAUACAGCCUGAUUGAGCCGAUAGAGAAGGUUAUGAAGUGGAAAUUUGACGGCCUGGAAGACUUGACUGGCUUGCCCGAAUACCGUAACGGAGGGCUGCUGGUGGACUUCGGAGUACUGACGCUCAAACAGAAUAUAUUGCCCGCAUCCUUCUAUCCGGAUCCGUCCUCGAGCAUCCCUCGCUUUGCUCCUUCGCACCCAGCAAUAGUCGAGUGGCGUGCAAUGACGGUCAUUGAACUUGACAGGAUUGCUGAUGCCAUACGAGCCAAACUCGGGCUUACAGCCUCCCAACUCACCCUCCCUCAAGUAUUGGAGAGCGCCACAUGGAAAGGCGGCCGGGAGAUUGCCAAACAAAGACGCCCUGCAACUGGUGGUCCGCCCAUCGAUAUCGAGAGCGAUGGUACGGUCUUCUGAAAGGCUCGUCGGAAUCGCAAAUUGCGGCUCUUGCAGAUAUCGAGAUCUCACGGUAAACAACGGAACGCGAAGCAAGCAGUAUAUUAUGCCAGAGUUGUACAAGCUUAUAUUAGAAGCACUAGAAGUUCGAUAAUUGCAGGGAGAAACUAUUCAUGUUUUACGGCGCAUUUCUCUGGACAGUCGAAGACAAAGGACAAAUGCAACAGCGGCGGACACUCCCCCCAACCGGAAAAUAAUCGCGACCGAGUUCGGACCGUCGCUAUCGGUAACCUGCUCACUCGCUCUCCCGAAUGAUAUGACGGAGCUGGUGCUAUUGCUGGACUCAAUUGCGAGCUCCGUCAGAUUGCCCGAGUUAGGAGUCGUGUUCCCGGGAUGGUGGCCGUGCAGGACAGACUUGUCGGGCUCGAAGAUCGCGAAGAUUAUCGAUGACAGGCCCGUGACGAGGAACUGCGGGACGACGAUGAAGAUGUUGUGUAUCCCCAGAAUGACUCCGGCUUUGGACAUGAGAUCAUCAUUGCCUUUGUCCGAAGCCUCGCCCCCUCCCUCAUCGUCCCCCACAACGCCUAUGUUGGCCAUGCUGACCCGCGCGCCGGCCUGCUGC